AUGGAGGUUUUGACAGACGCGUCCUUCUCGUCAGAGAGGAUGGGCGGUGCGCUCCCGAUGCCAUCAGGGCACACAGGCGGAAAGGUCGCAUGGUUUCUAUCGGCUCGCGGCGUAGCGGCUUCGGAUAAACUUCUAGUCUUUACUGUAGCAACCAAAGAAACUGAUGGCUUUCACCGUUUCAUGCGAACUGCAAAGCAUUUCAACUACACAGUAAAGGUUCUUGGAAAAGGUGAAGAAUGGAAAGGUGGUGAGCUGCCCAACUCUAUUGGCGGAGGGCAGAAAGUUCGACUGCUGAAAGAAGGCAUUGAAAGCUAUGCUGAUCAAGAGGACUUGGUUGUGCUGUUUGUUGAAUGCUAUGAUGUUAUCUUUGCUGGGGGCCCUGAAGAACUGCUAAAGAAAUUUCAGGAAACAAAUCACAAAGUGGUGUUUGCAGCAGAUGGACUAAUUUGGCCGGAUAAAAGGCUGGCUGACAAGUAUCCUGUUGUCCGGAGUGGAAAACGAUUCCUGAACUCAGGAGGAUUUAUUGGUUAUGCUCCAUACAUAAAUCGUAUUGUGCAGCAAUGGAAUCUGCAGGAUAAUGAUGAUGACCAGCUGUUUUACACCAAAAUCUAUGUUGACCCAUUGGCAAGGGAGCGCAUUAACAUUACUUUGGACCACAAAUGUACAAUUUUCCAGACCUUAAAUGGAGCUGUUGAUGAAGUCCUUUUGAAAUUUGAAGAAGGAAAAGUAAGAGCAAGGAAUUCAGUGUAUGACACCCUACCAGUAACCAUUCAUGGAAAUGGUCCAACUAAAAUUCACCUGAAUUAUUUGGGAAAUUAUAUUCCUAAUGCUUGGACACGGGAAACUGGUUGCAGUGUUUGUGAUUUGGACUUGCUAGACCUGUCAGCAGUAAAGGAAUAUCCAAGAGUAAAAAUUGGUGUUUUCAUUGAACAACCCACUCCUUUCCUAACUAAAUUUUUAGACAGACUGUUGACUCUGGACUACCCACGGGAGGCACUCAGUAUCUUCGUUCAUAAUAAUGAGGUUUACCAUGAAAAGCACAUCAAGAAAUUCUGGGAAAAAGCCAAGAACAUUAUCAGAAAUAUUAAGAUUGUUGGGCCUGAAGAAAACCUGAGUCAAGCAGAAGCCCGGAACAUGGGAAUGGACCUUUGUCGCCAGGAUAAAACGUGUGAAUAUUACUUAAGCAUAGAUGCAGAUGUUGUGCUGACAAACCCCAAAACUUUAAGAAUACUGAUAGAACAGAACAGAAAGAUAAUUGCUCCACUCGUAACUCGCCACGGGAAGCUUUGGUCCAAUUUCUGGGGUGCUUUGAGCCCAGAUGGUUAUUAUGCUCGAUCAGAAGAUUAUGUGGACAUUGUCCAAGGGAACAGAGUAGGAGUAUGGAAUAUCCCUUAUAUGGCUAAUAUAUACUUAAUUAAGGGAGAAACUCUCAGAUCUGAGAUGAAAGAAAAGAACUACUUCAUGCGUGAUAAGUUGGAUCCUGAUAUGGCACUCUGCAGGAAUGCCAGGGAAAUGACUUUACAAAGGGAAAAAGACUCCCCUUCUUCGGAAACAUUCCAUAUGCUCAGAGCCCCAAAGGGUGUUUUCAUGUACAUUACCAACAGACAUGAAUUUGGAAGACUUCUUUCUACAGCCAAUUACAAUACCUCCCACUACAACAAUGACCUCUGGCAGAUAUUUGAGAAUCCUGUGGACUGGAAGGAAACUUACAUAAAUCCAAACUACUCAAAGAUCUUCACUGAUAACAUAGUAGAACAGCCAUGUCCAGAUGUGUUUUGGUUUCCCAUAUUUUCUGACACUGCCUGUGAUGAAUUAGUAGAAGAAAUGGAACAUUUUGGGCAAUGGUCAGGUGGAAAACACCAAGACAGCCGCAUUUCUGGAGGUUAUGAAAAUGUCCCAACUGAUGACAUUCAUAUGAAGCAAAUAGGACUGGAUAAUGAAUGGCUGCAUUUCAUACGAGAGUUCAUUGCCCCAGUAACACUAAAAGUCUUUGCUGGCUAUUAUACCAAGGGCUAUGCUCUACUGAACUUUGUUGUAAAAUACAGCCCUGACAGACAGCGGUCACUCAGACCUCACCAUGACUCCUCUACGUUCACAAUCAACAUUGCCCUCAACAAAGUAGGAGAGGACUUUCAGGGAGGUGGAUGUAAAUUUCUUAGGUACAACUGCUCCAUUGAGUCUCCCAGGAAAGGAUGGAGCUUCAUGCACCCAGGAAGACUUACACAUCUACACGAAGGACUUCCUAUCCUGAAUGGCACAAGAUACAUUGCAGUAUCAUUUAUUGAUCCUUAA